GUCAGUUCGGCCGUCUGUUUUGGGUUGUACAUUAAUUAUUGACUUUGUUAUCGAUUUAAUAUGAUUGCUUAAAUAAAAUUUCAUAAUUUAUCAUGCUUAGAACAUACAAAAAUAAUAAUUAAAACGUAUUUUAUAGGAUCUCAAGAAAGUCGAUGCCCCAAAACUAUUAUCUAUAUAUAUUUAAAUUCAUUAUGGAGCCCUCAUCCGAAAAAUCGAUCGCUGCCGUAAAUAUAAAGCUUUGCAUAAAUAAAAAAUAUGAACAUAGAUAGCUAGAUAAAACUUGGCCAAACUUAAUUAGACUAAUAAAAAAAGUUCCCGGCUGUUUUCUUUUAAUUCUUGUUGCCCUUGUAGGCAGACGACCAUACGGCCCACCUGAUGGUGAGUGGUUACCGUCGCCCAUGGACCUCAGCAAUGCCAGAAUUUAUGUGUUAAAUUUUUUUAUGUAUUAUGCAUAUUCAAUCAAGGCAGUUCCUUAUUGAUUUGAAACGAUGGUUCCUAUCACGGCUUGUGAUAAGAGCCGACAGUAAAAAUUGUAUCUUAUAUCAUUACAUGUGAAACGAAAAUAAAAGCUUCUUCUUCUUCCUAGCGUUUUCCUGGUCCAGUACCACUGGGAAACGAAUAAAAUAAAUAAACUAAAGGAAACUUGAACCGAAAAUAAGAACUAAAUUGACAAAAGCAUACAAUUGACAUAGGUUCACUCAUCAAGUUCCCGCAGAUUUCUCAAUCACAGACUAUGCUGGCUGUACAUAGUAAUCUUGAUGAAAUUAAUCAAUUUUUCUCUGUCUGUCUGCAAACAUAUUGUAAUCAAAAAAUCAUAUUAGCCAAUAAAGACGUCGACAAAUAAUCAAUUUAAUUUAAAGUUACCAAUCAUUGUCGUUCAGUUCUCCAAGAGCAAAGUGGAAGUAAUUAGUACUCUGCAGACGAAAACAGACCUUAAUUCUACACAAAUGUCUUAAAUGAAACGUCAAAACAUAGUAAUUAGGAUUCUAGGUACUUUGUUUUGAAAGAAUAAUAUUAUGGGAUUUCUUGCCUCAAAAGGUUCACAGUUACUUCUAAUUCAACAUUAUAUACUUAUUAACCUGAAAAUGUACAUAGAAUUGUGAUAAACAAAUUUUAUUGUUAGUGACUAGUUGUCAAACAUUGUUCUAUUCGGAAUCCAGCUGGUCUAAGCAAGCAACCUGGAGUAUGGCGGAGGACCCUGGACACUCACCGAAUCCAGCUGAAAUGGCCCACGAGGGCCCAGCAAGGACGGAGGGCUCGCCCCACCACACGCCCUCGCCGCCCCACCUCCCUCACCUCCCAGUCACCGACUCCGGCUUCCAUCAUCAGAUAAUGCAGAAUCACAGUCCAAGAAAGAAUCAUAUCGUGGAGAGAGCCAAACAAACGUUAGAAAACUCUUUCCUGCAGCAAUUGAAGAAGCAGCAACAGCUCCAACAGGAGAUUCUACUGCAGCAUUUCCAGCAGCAGAGGCAACAGUUGGCAAGAGAACACGAGAACCAGAUGAGGGAACAUUUGAAGUCCUUCGUCCCUCAGUUAUGGGAGCAACAGAAGAAAGCAAUGGAGGAGGCAGCGUUGCGCGAGGCCCGAGAGGCGCGGGAGGCUCGGGAGGCCCGGGAGAGGCACGAGCGCGACCGCGUCGAGCUGAUGCGGAAGAAGGAUAUACACGAACACAGCGCCAACGCGUCUACCCAAGUUAAACAGAAAUUACAGGAGUUUAUAAAAAAGAAACAGGCCAACGCCAAUGGCACCGUGACGACUGCCUCCUACCGCAACUGGGGCAUAGUGAAGUCUUCAUCAGGGGAGUCGAUAACGUCGACGGGGGCGACAGCGACGCACCCUUACCGGCUCACGGCGCCGCUGCCACUCAACCUCAACGCGCCCCCUCCGCAACCCUCCCCCGCAGACUACCCCCUGCGCAAGACCGCGUCGGAGCCCAACAUGCUGAAGCAGCGGCUGAAAGCGCGCGUCAUCGAACGCCGGGCCUCGCCCCUCGCGCGCCGCCCCCUCCGGACCCGGCACAAACACCGCAACUGCGAAGGUGGGUCCCCCCGCGGCUCGCCCCCCGGUGGCUGCGCCGCGGCUCCCAUCCGCGAGGAGGAGGAGAACGGCUCCCGCGCCGCAGAGUUCUUGUUUUCGUCUCCGUCACUGCCCAACAUCUCUCUGGGACGACCUCACGUGGGUCCCCGCCUGCACCCGCCCCCCGCGGCGCACACCCCGGCGCCCGUGGUGCUGCCCCCCGUGUCGGAGGCGGAGGCGCUGGUGGUGGGCGGGGCGGGGGGCCGGCCGGUGCAGCGCCUCGGUCGCACGCACUCCGCGCCGCUGCCCCUGGGCGACCCGGCCCUGCAGCCGCCCCCCGUGCACCACUACCUCAGAGAUCAGAUCCGGAAAACUGUGUUGACCCGCGCACAUGACGCGGCGGUGCAGCUGCGGGAGGAGGAGGGCGAGGUCAUCGACCUGACGUCGAAGCGUAACGAUCCUCCCGCCCCCGUCGAGCCGGCCCCCCUCACCCGCGCCCUCUCGUCGCCCCUGGUGGGGGCCAGGGUGCCCGCCACGGGACUCGCCUACGACCCGCUCAUGCUCAAGCAUGGGUGUGCGUGCGGACAGCACGCCCCCACGCACCCGGAGCACGGCGGCCGCCUGCAGUCCGUGUGGGCGCGCCUGUGCGAGACCGGCCUGGCCGCCCGCACCGAGCGCACGCGGCCCAGGAAGGCCACGCUCGACGAACUGCAGAGCGUGCACACGGAGGCGCACGUGCAGGUGUUCGCGGGGCGGGGGCGCGACGGCGCGGGCGUGGGGGCGGGGGGCGGCGCGGGGGGCGCGGUGCGGCAGCUGGUGCGGCUGGCGUGCGGCGGGCUGGGCGUGGACUCGGACACGGCGUGGUCGGACCUGCACACGGCGCCCGCCGCGCGCCUCGCCGCCGGAGCCCUGCUGGACCUGGCGCUGCGCACCGCGCGCGGACACCUCCGGAACGGGUUCGCGGUGGUGCGGCCCCCCGGUCACCACGCGGAGCCCAACCAGGCGAUGGGCUUCUGUUUCUUCAACAACGUGGCCAUCGCCGCCCGCGUGCUGCACACCAGGCUGGGGCUGCAGAGGAUACUCAUCGUCGACUGGGACGUGCAUCACGGCAACGGCACCCAGCAGAUAUUCUACGAGGAUCCUCACGUGCUGUACAUGAGCAUCCACCGGCACGACGACGGGAACUUCUUCCCUGGAACGGGAGCGGCCACCGAGUGCGGCGCCGGCCCGGGGCUCGGCUACAACGUGAACGUGCCCUGGAGCUGCGGCACCGACCCGCCCCUGGGGGACGCGGAGUACCUGGCCGCCUUCCGCUCCGUCAUCAUGCCCAUCGCCAAGGAGUACGACCCCGAGAUAGUGCUCGUGUCGUGCGGGUUCGACGCCGCGGCCGGGCACCCGGCGCCGCUCGGCGGGUACAGCGUGUCCGCCGCCUGCUUCGCGCACAUGACCAGGGACCUCAUGCAGCUCGCCAACGGCAAGGUGGUGAUGUCGCUGGAGGGCGGCUACGACCUGGCGGCCAUGUGCGACUGCGCGCAGGAGGUGGUCCGCGCGCUGCUGGGGGACCGCCCCCCCGCGCCCCCCUACGCCGAGCUGUGCCGCGCCCCCCACCCCCGCGCCCAGCACGCGCUCGCCGCCACGAUUGCCGUGCAGGCGCAGCACUGGCCCACCAUCAAGCGGUACAGCAGCCUGGUGGGCAUGUCUGCGUUAGAGGCCGCGCCCUCGGUGGCGGCGGCCCGGCUCGGAGCCCUGCAGAGCGAACGGGACGCCGCCGACACCGCAGCCGCCAUGGCGACGCUGUCAAUGCACCAGCACAACCGGCCCGUGUCCACGUCUGCAGAAAGUUCAAGGUCGGUUUCGGAGGAGCCCAUGGAGCAGGACGAAGCGAAGUGAGCGCCGCGUCACGCCGCGCCACGACACGCCCUGCCCCGCCACGCCGCGCCACGCCGCGUGACGUCACACAGGACGGCACAUUCCCUCCGGCCGCCCUCCAGCGACGAGACCUCUCGUCUCGAUUGAUUAUUUAUUUACCAGUACGGUCACGUCGUGCUGAGUAUAAAUGAGUUUUAUGUAUAUUUGUGUUGUACAGUAUGCGUGUUCGUGUCGAUUCGUGUGGGUGUACGCUGCGGCCCCGGGACCGCACUGCGCGUCUGUAGUUAACAUUGUAAUCGAAACUUGUCCUGCCAAAUACUUAUUUUUGUUUCUGUAAAUCGCGUUGUUAUAUGUAUAUGUCCGGGGACGGGCCGCGCGCCGCCGCGGGUCUUGUACGGAACUUUGUGUAGAAUGUAAAAUUAAGACAAAUCUUAAUUUUGAAAGCUUUAAAAAAAGUAGUAGAGUAAUGUGUACAAAAUAUAUUAUUUAAUAUAUGAUUAUUAUAUAUUUGGAUAUGAACGCUUUUUUUUUAUUAUAAUUACGAGAGUUUAUUGUUUGAGCCGCGGGGAGCGCUACUCGUUGAGCCUCCAUAUUUUUAUAAUAAUUAAUAGAUAAAGAAAAACUUAGUAAAAAUGUCGAGUAAUUGCGAGUCGCGCUCCGGAUGAGCCAUGUACUUGUGCAUCCAAUCCUCGGUCGUCUCUCCUGUACCAAAGACUUCAAUCAACGAACGUUGUUCGUGUGUAGCCGCGGGGGGCUCCGCGGGACCGGGCCCCCCCCCCGGUGCGCCCCCCGCGGCGAGACAGUGGGUUACAAACGGUUGAAGGAUAUUUGUGUGUAGUUCGUACUGUUGCUAAGUGACACUUGAGGAGAGCGAGGAGUCCCCCGGGGGGGUGCGGGGGGCGCGGGGACCGAGAGCAUGCGACGUGUGAUAUUUGACUCUGCCCGUUUAUUUGUUCGGAUGCCGAGUGUUUCGUCUAUAAACUGUUGAUGUAUUGAAAUAUUAUUUUGUAAUUAAAAUGAGAAUAUUAGAUUUAUAUUAUCGAAUAGGAGAAUGUGUUGUUCGUAUGAGCUUCUGUUUCUUGGAGUCGUUGAAGCGAUGUUGUAAUGUUAUAUCGAAUAGACGUCUCGACUGGUCGCGGCCCCGGCGACGAGAAGCGGGGCCGUGGACUCGCACGGGUGGGAGGGGGGUGGGCCGCUUCGUCGUGUUGUAGUAAUGUAUGUUAUUAUCAAGUCCAGACUGAUAAAAGUCUCUAGAAUUAUAUUUUGUAGUGACGUGGAUUUAGUUUUUUCUACUAAACCACGUCCAACGGCUCGGUCGUGUUUGUAACGAACGGAUGUCGUUGCAGUAUUUCGAUUACAUUAUAUCACGAAAUGUGUAGAGAUACAGAGAUGACUAUUUGUGUGACAACAAGGAAUAAAAGAUAAAUUUUAUAAAAAAAAAAUAUUAAGUCUAACUUCUGAACGAGAAAGUGUUAUAAUUUAAAUAAGAUUAGCACGAACAAUUUAAAAUAUUAAAUUAAGUCUUUCAAGAGAAAUAUUUCUUACGUGGCGAGUUCUUUUAAAGAGAUUUCAACAUGUUUCUGAUAAAAAAUAAGAAAGCCUAAACUGUAUUGUAGUCCCCCCCCCCGGCCCGCGAGGCCCCCCGCGCGACGCAAGCAAUACUGACGUCUAGCCAUACGGGUUUAGGUUCGUAUUGCCUUGCGUCGGCGCGAGCCUCAACCAGGGAUGGAAUCCCAUUUACGAUAGUUUAAAAUAAAUAAAUAAAAUGUUGUGUCUUUGAAAAUUUUAUUGUUAAAUUGUAAUACAGAUGAAAUAAUUAUUUAAUAAAUGUAUAUAUAAAUCUAUAUAUUUGGAAAUA